AUGGAGACGCUGCGGUUAACCACGAAGGCUUUCAAGGUAGGAGCGCUGCUUGUACCGUCACGGAAGCAUAUUGCACACAGGAGUGACCUUUUUCGCCCGAUUGGAGCGAAAGCUCGGUUUGCGACUCAGACGCACAGCGAAGCCGCCGGGGACUCUCCCGUCACCAAGGCUGCGUUCCUGGAGCGCUGCACUCUAGACCACGUGCCAACUCGAGGUUUCUCCCUGGAGGCACUGCAAGCAGCGGCCGAGGAUGUCGGACUGUCGCCUGCAUGGGUUGCUCGUUUCGAUCGAGGCCCUGUGGAGCUCGUCGAAUGGUGGCGUGAACACGAACUGCGAACCGCGCGGGUCCUGCUCCUUGAAAAGGGUGACUGGCGGCUCGUCGAUUCCACAGUAGCGGCGCUUGCUCGUGCUCCGUCAACACAGGUUCCGGAAUAUGCAUGGACGCGAGCCCGCCUGCUGUCCUUCCUUCAGACGAUCUUUCGUCUCCGUGCGCCGUACAGGCGUUUCUGGCCACAGGCUCUCGCCUUGCAACUGCAACCGAACAGCUGGAGUCAAGGGCUCGGGGUUCUCACGAAAGCCGUCGAUGAGCUCGCCUGGUUCGCGGGCGAUCGCUCUGCGGAUAUGCAAUGGUACUGGCGGCGUGCUGCUGUUGCGUCGCUACUCCAGACAACGGAGCUUUACUGGAUCGCUACCCUGCCAGACACAACGAUGCUCGAACAAAAUGCAACCUCAGACUCGUUUCAGGAUUCGGAAACCUGGAAUUUCGCGCAACGGCAGCUUGCUGAUGACUCAGCUUUCAUGACUGUCUGGUGGAGGCCAAACCAGAACCUUUCCAGUCGAUCGCAGUCGGAGAUUGUGGCGUUGCUUCGGAUUUUAGGUCAAGGUGCGUCCGCUUGGGCUCGCGCCUGGUCAAAGGGAUUCUCCUAG